CGUUGGUUCAAAACUAAAAGUAAUGUGUUUGAUGUUUUAAAUGAGCCAACAAAGUGGGCACCACAGAAGCAAAAGUCAAACUAAAAAGAAUUACGAUUCCAAAUUGCAGAAGGACAAUCAUAAAAGCCAUACUAAGUUAAAAGUUUUAAAUAAUUCUUCUCGAAAAGUUUCUUCGAAGGAAGAAAUAUACAGCAAAAGUGAUAAAGACGACAAACAGUAUGCUAUACAUUAUGGUAUUCGUCAGCCUACUGAGAACACUGAAGUAGUAUCACGAAAGUCAAAGGAGCGGCACUCAGGACAAGUUAAUAAAAACCCGAAAUUGUUAACUAAUAUAAAACACACAAAUUUGAAUCCAUCGAAAAGGAAUUCAACUGUAUCUACCCAUGAUUCAAGUCAGAAUGCUCACUCUGCAAUUAGUAAACGAUCAAAAGCAGUUGAGAGAGUAAAACACUCGGAUAGAAAUGGUCUGCAGUCUGAUAAUGAAAGAAAUAAUUUACUUUCAUCGGUUGAAUUCUAUCAUGAAAAACAAGAAGGUUCUGUUGAUUAUCAAGACAAUAAAAUCAAGCAGGAAAAUGAUGACACUUUUUCAGAUCAGUCUGUUGGCGAAGAAAUUCAUUCUACUAGAGAAUCAGACCAUUAUUCCAGUGAUUUUGAUAAUGAAGAGGACCCUUCAGUUUCAUCUCAGGUGCCAAAAAUUGAGACAAAAACUUCAAGUACUGAAUAUAAGUCCAACACUGAUGCUGACAAAAUAUCAUCAGAAUUCGAACCUCUUAUAUCAGGGAUUUGUGAAUCAGUUUCAACAAUGCAACGUAACGAUUACGUUGUUCCUGCCCAUCGACACACUGUUUGGAACGACGGCAAAAACAAUAAUGUUAUAAACUUUGAACAGUCAAACAGAUUAUUAAUGCAUCAACAUAUAAGUUCACGUGUAAAACGAAGGGCUAAAGAUCUAUCAAAACUAAUAGAUCUGUCUUUAGAUGAAUUAAUACAUGUAUUUGAGCUAAAACCCAUGGAUCAAUAUGAAUUUCAUAUGCUUCAUUCAAACGAACAUAAAAAUCGAAGUCAUUGCCAAGUUCAAACAAACGAUGACGCUUUAGACCGAGAAGUACAAACUGAACCAAUUGAUAUUUGUUCUGGUGUGUGGACUCAGCAACCACCUGAUGAAAAUGGCGAUGUCUUUGGCCGAGACAGUAGCAACAAUAAUUUCUCCACAAACGUAUUUUAUGAUUCAUGUUUCCUCAGUGAUCGAAACAGUGAAUCGAGUCAAAUAAUGCUAGAUGAACUAGCUAGAGAGCUUUGUUUAGGAAUUAAUGCUUCUAAUGGUACUAAUAUGCAGAGUACUGAUUUAUCAGUGCAUACUCAUAACUUAACUGCAAAUUCUGAGUUGGAAAUGACAAAUAAAUCUGAUCACUUACCCAGUAGUUUUGCAGAAUAUGUUCAUUUGAUACUGGAUAUACUUGAAGAAGAAAACUCAUAUUCCCCGAAGAAAAGUGCAAAAAACGGUAAAGAAUUGGAAAUGAAUGGGAGCUUUGUAGAAAUUUCCUUUAGACCAACAGCGGAUCACUCUUCAGAGGAAUAUAAUGGUAUUAAUUCAGUUGGUGAUUGUCAGAAUGGAACUUACGAUAAGGACACUUAUCCGACGAAUUUGAAUGGAUUCAGCAAGUACCAUAAUAUAUCCUCUUUUUGGGAUCAUUAUGAAUGUAUCGCAUGUGAAUGUGCACCCCAAAACCAAUCAGUUAUCAUGACUAUUCAUCGACCAAUAGAACUCAAUCAAGGAAAAGAAGAUUUGAAGAAUCCUUUUAAUUAUCAAAGAAGGGCUGGUGAAUUUAUAUGUAUUUGGACAGCUAUCGGUCUGAAACAAUUACCCGAUCGUCUGCUUUACUGUCCAGGCUUAUCUGAAACGGGUUUAAAAGGCGCCAAUUUAAAUUGUGCAAUGUUUAGUCCAGAUACAGAUGCAAGUUUGGUGAUUGCUGGUUUAUUUAAUGGGAGCUUAUCAAUUUGGGAUUUGUAUAAUUAUUCAAGUGAAAUACUAAAGAAACCAACAAAUUUCAUGUUCGACUACGGCAAAGCCGUUAACGACAUUGGUGACUGCAUGAAUUUCCCAGAUUCGCCUGUUAUAUUACCACCAACGUACAUAACUUCAGCUGUAGAAGUUCCAAAUAUGCAUGAUCCUAAAUUAGCAGAUAAACAUUGUACAAAACUGCAAAAUCACUUCAACCCGAUUAUCUCAAUCAAAGCUGCCGAAGUUCAUCAGCAACAUUUCAGUCGAGUGGGAGUAAAAGAAUCUUCGAAAGCUGUCGAUAAAUUUCAAUUUGUUGUGCUAGACGAAGUUGGUAAUCUGAGUUUGUGGUUAGUUCUAACAAAUCGGAAACGUGGACUACAAAAUCCUGUUGAAAUUCUUGUUGGUUCACAAACAGAUUUUGGGCUAUCCCCAGGAACUGGUCAAAUACACUUAGUGCGUUUAUUAUUCAUUGAGAAUAAAUUAACACACCAUAUUCCAGAUUAUUUAAAAGAAGAUCGGAUGAAUCAUCAACAUGAUACACAAAGUGUGGACGGAUUAUAUCAAUUUGAUAAAAUAAUAGCAACUUGUCUAUCCGUUACUCAACAUGGAACUUUCUUGAUCGGUUGUAGCAAUGGAAAAAUUAUACAUCGUGGACGGUUGUCUAAUCGAACGGUUCAUCCCAAGUUGUUUUCAAGGCCGACGAGUUGUUCCGCUGUACAGACAAUAGCUGGUCAUCCAAAUGAGUCACUGCAUUUGUUUCUUGCAGGUUACACAGAUGGCAAAAUUUGUCUCUACAAGACAAAUCAUGCGCAACCGGUACUUGAAUGGGAUAUUAUCUCAUCAUUAAACCCCUCUGAAAGAAGAACAAAACAGGAAGGUGACACAUCGGCAUCAACAGCUCAAUUUACAGACCUAUGUAAUCAACUGCUUCCCGGUGUACAUAAACUAUUAUGGUCGAAUACGCACUGUUCCGUAUUUUUUAGUCUGGACUCAUUUAAUCAAAUCUUGAUGUGGGAUAUUACAAAUGUAUCGAAUUCACCGAACAGUUUUACGCUUCUAAACAAAAGUAAUUUUUAUUUAAUCAAUGAAGAUCAAAUGCAGGUGAACUCGAAUGAGAAGAGCAUUUUAUCAAAUCAGAUUAGUGACAUUUGCCUAAGUGUACUGCCUAAUAUGAAUAAUACCACUGAAGCUCUAUUGCCAUCAACAAGAGUGAGACGAAAUUACACACCUUAUAUAAUUCUUGUUUAUCCACACAAAAUCAACUUAUACCAGAUCAAUUCACUUCGGAUGAAUGAGACAGUGAAUGAUAUCUCUUCACUAAUGAAGAUAAUAAAUGGAUUUAAUGAUAUCACUUAGCUUUAUUUUGAUCAGCCAUGACUGAUUUUUGUUUUUUCAUUCGGUUG